AUGGCGACGGCAGGAGGCCCACCGAGGCUUCCUCGUGGUGUGCGUCGGCGGGAGGCUGCAGCAACCGCCCAAGUUAAGUUCACAGCACUGCAGAACAGGAUCAUCGAGCUGGAGCAGCAGGGGCGCAUGUGUUCGGACGCUGAUGUCUACUGCCGCCUGCUCGCCAUCAUGCCUGUCCUGGCCGAGGUGUCCGCGCGCCGCCGAAGCGACACGGCGGUGAGUUCGCGGCUGGAGGUCGUCAUGCGCAACGUUGCCAUGCACAUGUUCGACGUUCCCAUGGGCUGGUUGCAAGGCCUCACGUACAAAGACCAGACUAGGGCGCAGCGGGGCGGCCGCGGGCAGGGGCGGCGGGGCGUGCCGAUCGUGGAGUCGACCCUGAGCCGCCGCCUGUCGAAGGGCCCCCUGCGGGGGAUGGCUGCCCUGCCGCUGCCGCAGCUGCCGGAGGCUGCUGCUGGUGACCAGGCUUUGUCCGAGGUGGAGGUCACUUCGGAGAUGUCCACUUUCGACUCCGCGGAGUUCACACACCCCAGUGGCCUCGGUGACGCCGAAGCCGCGGCGGCCGUCGCUGCUGCGGAGGAGCACCUGCUCUGGGUCGCCCAGCCUGUGCGGGAGCUCCUGCAGGUGCGCUCCGCCGAGCAGCCGUGCGUGCCGACGGAGCGGCCCUACGCACGUCGCCGCGCGCGCCGCGACGAGGAGGAGCACCUGCUCUGGGUCGGCCAUCCUGCGCAGGAGCUCCUGCAGGUGCGCGCCGCCGAGCCGCCGCUCGUGCCGGCGGAGCGGCCCUUUGUCCGUCGCCGCGAGUGGAGGGCGUCGGAAGGCACUGCUGGAAUCCGUGGCAUCGGGCCGCCCUCGUGCGCAACCUGUAAGCAGCAGUAG